AUGCCGGUUGCUUCGAAGAUUGAGCGUUGUCUCCAAGCUUUGACAGCAACGUUUGGUCACUCGGUGUAUAAAGGAAAGCAACAGGAUGUCAUAGAGGCUGCGGUUACUGGUAUCGAUGUUUUUGUGCUUGCGCCAACCGGGAUGGGGAAGAGCAUAUGUUUCCAAUUACCCGCCGUCAUAGAGGAUAGUGGCGUCACAAUUGUCGUCUCACCUUUACUAGCUUUGAUGAAGAAUCAGGCCGAAAGUCUGAGGCGGAAAGGCAUCAAUGUUGUAUGUUUUAAUUCAGAAAUGUCUCCUGAAGAUAAACUUGAGAUCAUCAGAGACCUCGCCGAUGGUGUCUAUCAUAACCGGCUCUUAUACAUUACUCCGGAGAGUUUGUGCAACGCUGACUUUCUGGGGAUGUUGCAACCAGUGUACGAGGAUGGCGGGCUCAACAGACUAGUCGUGGAUGAGUCUCUUCCUUCCCUCCGCCGCAUUGUUUUACCGAGCUUGAUGCAGGAAUGGGGCCACGACUUCCGAGAAGGAUAUCGAAGACUUGGCGUGUUCCGUCGUAAGUUCAAGAACGUUCCUAUCAUGGCGCUCACGGCGUCAGCCACGGACGCUGUGCGCCGUGACAUUAUACACUCCCUUGGCAUGUCAGAGGACCGCCUCUUCCAGGCAAUCCACGGGUUCAAUCGCGAGAAUCUUUAUUAUGAAGUUAAAUAUUCACCUCCUCGUACUUCUCUAUCACAUAUGAGCGAGAUAGCAGAAUACAUACUAGACAUGCAUCAACGGCGGGGUAAAUCAUCAUGCGGAAUUAUCUAUUGCCGUACACGAAAGCUUUGCAACGAGUUGGCAAGUUUCUUACGUGGCAAAGGACUAGGCGUUCGCGCGUACCAUAAGGGUCUGACGCCGAACAUACUGGAUAAGACCCUAAGAGAGUGGACGGAUGGUACUAUAGAUGUGGUUGUUGCCACUAUCGCGUUCGGGUUAGGAAUCGAUAAGGGUGAUGUCCGGUCCGCGUUAAUCUUUCUCUUUCAUCUCGUCCUGUCUGAAAGGUCAUAG